GUUUAGAAUUGUGUAUAAAAUUUUAUUGGACAUCCGCAUGAAAAAUAAAUUGGAUGAAAUCCAUGCGGUUGAGUGUAAAACACGUGUCAAUUAAGAAAAAAGAUGAGUUUAUUAUACUAAGUUUUACCGCAAAGAAUUCAUAAUGUCGUCUUUCUUUUUCAAUGUUUUUGUAAUAAAAACACACAAAUACCUAGAACUACAGAUAUGAGGUAAUCAUAAGUCAAGGCUUUACCUUGAGUUUAGAAUCGCACGCAAAACAGCAGCAUUCUAAAAUCACGCGAUUCUCGCGAAUGUUUAUAUAGUGCUUACGAUUAAUGAAUAAUUAUGCCAAAAUAACAUAAUCAACGUUAUCUCAUUCAUAAAUAAAUCAAAAGGACUUGUUUUGGCUUUGGCAGGUGCAUGCUGACCGCCAAAUUCAAUAAAAUAAUAUUCCUGCACAACAUCAAAGUCAUUCGGUUCGCAUGCAAGCAACGUGAACGGAACAAGUAAUACAAAACAAAGCGAUCGGUUUUCACUUUUUUCAAUUCAACAUAAAAUCAUUGAAAAUCGUCGAGAAUACACUGACAGUGUUGAUGGACGCAACAUUUUUCGACAUUGGUGUGCGAGCAGCCUCUGAUAUUCCAAUGGGCGUUGGCUUUGGAAGUAUACCAGUGCGCUUAAUAAAAUCGCAAAACAGCCACGAAGAUCAAAAGAUCGGCUUCGUUGAGGUGGAACGAAAAGACCAAAAUGUAGUGUGUAAGUACGGUCGUCAAUUCAAUUGGUUAAAAUACGUCUGUCCUUCGUCUCGUGAAAAAAAAGCAAAUGUAAAAGCACUCAUUGAUGACAACGGGGAGAUAUUUUUCCGCGCGUGGUGCGAAAUAAAGACUGGGGAAGAGCUGGUCUAUUCUUUCAACGAAGAAGAAACGCUAAAAAGAAAAAAACAGAGAACGGACUAUGACAGGAACAAUAAAAAAUGCACGGAAGAAAUAUAUUCUACAGCAGACAUAAAGCUCGACGAUGAUAAAGACUUGAUGUGUACACUUCAAAAUACGAAUGAACAUGAAAAGCAAAGAAACUUCCUAAAGAAUAUAAGCAUACCUAAACAAGAUAACCUUGAUUGGAUAUUUGGACGAAGUGAAACUGGACGUAAUACAUAUGUGCAGUCCUUUCCAGAAAAAUGGUCAAAAAUAUGGGAAUACAACAGAGAUAAUUUACACACGCAUUACACGUUACCGUACAAUUCAGACGCCAGGACUAACAGGACGAUGGGUGUACAUGAAAGGACAAUCUCAACAAACCGCCACGUUGCAAUAAAGCACUCGAUAGGCAGCACAAUUAACUGGUCUUCGCCGUUUAUCAUAUCGAGAGACCAUCAAACAUAUAAUAACUCAAGCGAAGAGUAUCUUGAAGUACUUUCAACAAAAUAUACACAAAAAAAUGGAGAAAGCAUACAAAGCAAUGGACAAGAACAUUGGAUAAUACCAACAAAAAAUGAACAACCUCAGCAGAUUUUCAUCCCUUCAAAAAAUGUAUUCAAUGGAAAAAACGGAAAACACGUCCCAAGUGAAGAGAGUCUAUGUCAAACAAACGACAAGGAUGUGAACACUAAUCUUCUUCAGCAGUUUAUGAUGAAAAAAGAAGUUAAUAACUCCAUAAAGAAAGAUGACCAAACAACGGUGAAUGUAAAGCAGACCCUUUAAAUGCAGUUACAUCAGGAUUAAGCACGAAUAAUUCAUUGCUACAGCACAAGGAGGAAAAACAGAGUGAAAGCAAAAGCGAAAAGCUCGGAAAUGCUUUCACCGCAGAAUCUGAUAAUGAAAACAAAGGCAAGAAUGGAUCCCGUUUUAUAUGUGACUACUGCGGAAAGUCUUAUUGCCGAAGAUAUGUGCUAAAAAUACACAUGCGCACGCACACCGGUCAUAAACCACUUCGCUGCACCGUGUGUUGGAAGUCUUUUGGAGAUCCGAGUAACUUGAAGAAGCACAUUCGGUCACACGCAAGAAAAAACGCCAUUUAUACAUGCGAGCAUUGCGGGCGCGGUUCGUUUUACCGACUUUGUGAUCUUGUAAGACAUAUUAAGUUUAGACAUCGAUUGGCGAAUAACACUGAAAAAUGACGGGACACACUAGCAAUAGUUCUGUCAAGUAACAAUUUGGUAAAAAUUAUAGAUCUCCAAAAUAUCUCAAAGUUAAACUUAUAUGUUUCUCGUCACUUCGUUAGAGACUCUGAGAUUUCUUUUGAAGAGAAGAAAAUACAAGUAAAAAUGUCGUUCUGUUCUGUAACUUUGACAUCAUUAAAUCCUUUGAUUGCCAUCUUUCUCAAACUA